CCGGUCUGCUACAGAAUCAGCACUAAUGAAGUGUAAUGUAAGGAAAGUUAGCCUAAAUCGCCUACUCAUCAGAAAUCUGUACGAGCAAAUGGUGAAUAAAUGACCUUAAACAAAACGAUAGACUAGAGAUAAUCUUUUGAGGAAGGGAGUGGCUUGGCAGUUGUGUGUCUAAGCGGGUCGGUUACUUUCGCUUUUGCUUUGUUCGAAGACGACAAGAUGAAGCCACACAGCGUCAACGUGUCCCCAGGAGAUAAGCCUCUUUGCAGGCAUCACCACCAAAGCUUUUGUCCUUCUAAACUAAGGACACUGAAGGUCUAAAUCCAAAGUGGCUAUUGAUUUCUACAAGAAUGUGAUGAAUGAGGCUACAGUGGGUUUUUUUCCUCACUGUCAAGAUAAAUGCAAUUUUCAUUCAAGAAUUUCUAAAAAAAUUUAAAAAAAAUAAAAAUAAAAUAAUAAUACAAAUACCUCCACCCUUUUUCUACUUUUUUUCCCCCCCGGACUAGACAAAAAGAUGUUUAAAAUGCAUAAAAUUUCCUACUCCCAGCUUUUAAAAUGACGCAAACUAACACCUACAGCAUCUAUACAGGAUCAUACAGUGAAAUGGCAGAUGGAUUUUCGAUUAUGGUUAACAAUGUGACCACAUCUCUUAACAAUGAGGAGUGUAGGACACUUCUGUACCUUUGUACGGAUUUGUUCACCAACAGCUGUUUGGAAGAUCUGAGAGGAGCUUUGCUGGCCUUUGCCAAACAGAAACAGAAUCAAGCUGGUCAAUCUCAGGCUGGUGAUGCCUUGCUGAUGGAGCUCAUGUUCCGAAUGAAGCGCUUUGAUAUCCUAAAGAAAGUUUUCGGCACAAACAAACAACAGGUAGAAGGAAUUCUGCAGAAGGGAGGCGUCCUUUCAGAUUACAGGAUUCUAAUGGCAGAUGUGAACGAAAACCUGGAGAAAGAGGAGUUACAAUCUAUUAUUUUUCUCCUGAGCAAUAUCCUGCCCAAGGAAAGAAUGGCUAGAGCUACUAGCUUUCUAGAUGUGGUGGUGGAGUUGGAGAAGUUAGAUGAAGUAUCUUGUGAUAAGCUAGACCUGCUUGAAGAGUGUUUGGGGAACAUUAGGAGAUUUGACCUUGUCAAAAGGAUUCAGGCCUACAAGAAUAGAGGUCAGAAAGUACCAUGUGCAGACAUUAAAGUUCAGAAUUCUUUUAAGUUCACCCCUGGGAAGUGUCAGUCAUCAGUUAAACAAGGGAGACGACAACAAUGCUGUUCUCAAGAGUUUAAAAAUUUGAAGCUUUCAGUGCCUGAAACGGGGACACAACAUCAACAGGCUUUUGUGGAGGAGUAUCAGAUAAAUCCUGAGCAGAGAGGCCUGUGUGUGAUAAUUGACUGUGUUGGCUUUGAUGGACAGAUGUUGAAUCAGACAUUUGACCGUCUGGGAUACAGGGUCAUAUUCCACUCUCUCCUGGGUCUGAAAGAAACUCAGAAGGUCUUGGAAGACCUGACCUGCAACAGGAGCCUUCAGAGGGUCAACAGCUUUGUCUGCUGCCUCAUUAGCAGGGGAACAGACACUCAUCUGUUGGCUACAGACUCUAACAGCUUUGGCUUCAGGCUGGAGGAUCUCAGGCAGCUUUUCAGCCCAAACCAGUGUUCCUCUCUGGGUGGUAAACCCAAACUCUUCUUCACCCAGAUCUACAGUACCACAGAAGCCCCUCUAACAGCCUCAAUGGAUGAUGAAUACCUUGAGACAGAUGGACCAAAAUGCCAUUAUUCUAGGCGGCAGUGUGCGGACACAAGGACUGUCCCACAGUCAGCGGAUGUCCUUUGGAGCGUGUGCACAGCAGAGGCAAAACUGCUGGAAGGUUCUGGCCACCAAUCGGUUUACCUGCAUGCAUUAAACUCUGCCUUAAUGAGGGGACAUGAGAGGAAGACGCCUAUAUUGGAUAUCAUGACGGAGGUGAACAGAAACGUGUUUAGUCACAAUCAGCAGAAUCCUGAGAAGAAGUAUCAGCUUCAACUCUCUCACACACUACGGAAGAAUAUUUAUUUGUAACACUCGUGCAACACAACACAAACUUCUUUUUUCUUUCUGUCUUUCUUUCUUGCCCAGGCACUCGACUUCUUUUAGAAUAGAAUUGUUUAUGUACAAAACUGUCCAUAUAGUGAAUAAGUACGCUGGAUACUGCCAUCAAAUGUUCUCAUUAUUGUAUAUUUUAUUAUAUAUUUGUAUUUUAUUUAUUUAUCCCCAGUGGCAGCUAAUACUGUGUUGUCUGUCACAGUCACAGUGCUAGUGUCUUAUUAAUUAACCUAAAGUCAUUAGUCAAGCUAAAUGAAGUCUAAUUCUAUAGUACUUCUCAAAAUACUUAGUGUCAGAGCAGCUUUAAAGACAAUCAUGCCUAGAUGCUUCAAAGGAGAAAAGCAAAGUUGGCUGUGGCAGGGAAAGCAACUCUAGAUGUUUAGGUGAAGAGCGAGAAGAGCUUUGGGAGGAACUAGACCUGGCGUGACAAUGAAUGUACAUGUGAUUAAAUAUAUAGUUACAUCAUAUGUUGUAGUAAUAGUGUUCAUUAAAUACAUUUGUUAUAUGUAUGAUGUGAGAAGCUAGGUUUAGAGUAUCUUACAUUGCACCCUCUUAAAAUGUCCAUCUUUUUCACAAUUGUGUACACAGGUAUAAUAGUAACCUUGAAUAAUAUCCUCUGAACAAUAACCUUAUAGUCCCCUAAUUUUAAUCUAGGUAUCAGUAUGCUGGAGUUUUGUGACCUUAAUGAGAGAAAGAUUGCAGUGACAGAUUGUACAAUGAUGGAUCUCUCGAAUACUGAGAAGCUAAACCAUUUAGGGCUUUAAAUUUGAGUUGAUUUUCUGUAUCUGCUAAUCUCUAACAAUAGUUGAGUGUAGCUGCUGUUAUUUUAUAUUAUCUUUUUAUCUACAAUUGGUAAUGUAUCAUUUGUAAAUUUAUAAUAUAUCUAGUUAAACCAGUCACACAACUUUAAUAUUAGAUUAUUUAAACAUAUAUCUGCUUGUAAUUAAAUCACUUGCCAUAUCCUUGUAAUCCAUAACCCUUUUUUUAUUGCUUCAGAGAUAGGUAGCCUACUAAUUGGUCUUGUAGAAUUUCAGUGAAGGAACUUGAUUUGUAUUUGCAAAUUAUCAACAGAAUGUGAUCAAGAGCAUAAAGGCGGGAAAAAUGUGUAGUGGAGUAUUAUAAUAAAAAAAUUUCAUAACCUCAAUGUAAGAAUACGCUUGUUUUACACCUGAGAAACUACAAAUAAAAUACCAGGUUUGAUUACA